AUGGACGAGAAGCGCAAGGAAUACGACCACCUUAAGGAGCAACUAAAAAAGGCUCUAGACGAGAAGAAGGAGCAAGAACAAGAGUGGGACUCUAUUCAACAAGAGAUCUUUGACAAGGAAACAGAUUAUUUAUCUGGAAAUAGCUCCAGUCAGUAUGGAACAAUUGUGAAAGGCUUCGACGGGUUUGGUAAGCAUACGCACGACUCUUCAAAUGCCUUCAGCGACAAGGAUCGUAUAUUCUCAUUGAGCAGCGCUCUAUUUGUUAAGCAGCAAGAAGGGAUACAAGAAGAUGAGUGA